CUUCAACUUUCGCUUCACCAGUUAUUUUAACCCAAGCUUCCAUCAUCCGCUUCUACCAAAUCGACACGCGCGUGACGUAAAACUAAUAGCGCAUGCAACCAUGGCGACCGCGAUACCUUCUAUAGCCUGCCUAGGCGUCAUAGGACGAAAUAAUAACCCCCUCCACAUAACCAUCUUCCCCUCCUACGACGUCGCGACCAACAAACGCGCCCCGCUGCGCACGCCCCUCCAGUUCUCCCUCCUCCUCAGCAGCACCCUCGACGUCUUCGAGGCCCGCCGCCGCGCCUCCUCCUCUACUUCACAAUCCGGCGGCUCGGGCGGCGGUGGCGCGGGCGCCGCGGCCCCCGUCGUGACGGGUGACUUCGGGCUCCUGCACGCCGUCGACGAGCGCCUGGCCGCGUACGGCUUCGAGACGAACACGGGCGUGAAAUUCGUCGCCGUGGUGGACAUGCGGGGGCGCUUCGCCGCCACCGGGCCCGGCGGAACCGGUUUCGGCGCUGGUGGCGUCGGGGUAGGAGGAGGAGGAGGAGGAUUAGGGGGGACCGGAGAUCGCGCGAUGAGUUUGGGCGUGGGCGCAGGUGUGAGGGGCGGCGUCGGGCUCCGCGAGCAGGAGCUCAGGGUGGUGUUUCGCGCGAUGCAGACCGCGUACGUGCGCUUGCUGCAGAACCCGUUCUACGACCCUGAUGAGCAUGCGCCGCUGAUGCCGGCGGGUGGGAGUGGUGGUGGGAGCGGUGGGAAGAGGAUCACGAGUCGUAAGUUCGCGGAGGAGAUGCGCCGGAUUGGGGAGGGGUGGGCGCCGGGAGUGACGAGUUUGUAGAGGGGAAAGGAGAAGACGCAGGUUGGGAGAAUGUGUGGAGGUUGAGAAUAAGAAAGUAAGGGCGGCUGAUGGGAAGAAUUAGAGAGACUUGAUUUACUAUGCAUACGUAGAUGGCGUCACGGACUAGCAUAGAGCACGGAGUCUAGGUGUUUAUAUCCACGGAAAUGCCAUGUUAUGUUUACGUU